AUGAUGAGUUCAGGUGCAAAUUUGGUUAGUACAAUUAUUGGAUUUGGAAUGAGUGCAACUUUCAUUGUAUUUGUUUGCUCAAGAAUAAUUUGUGGAAGAUUUAGAGAAAGACGUGUGGGUUCACGUACUAUAUUUCAGAUUGAUUCGAUACCAGAUAUUGAACAGCCAGAAAUGAUUGGUAAUGAACCUGAGCCAGCAUUUGUUUCUGCAAUUCCUACAUUAAAUUUCACUCAAGAGGCUUUUAAUACCAUUCAAUGUACACAGUGUGUGAUCUGUUUGGGAGAGUAUAAAGAAAAAGAAGUAUUGCGUAUAAUACCUUAUUGUGGACACACUUUUCAUCUUUCUUGCAUUGAUAUCUGGCUUAGGAAACAAUCCACUUGUCCUGUGUGUCGUUUGACAUUGCAUAAUGUUUGUGAAGAAAAACAUGUGAGACCUGUGGGAUUCACCAUGAGAGAAUCUCUUGAUGAGUCUAAUGUUUCUGAAGAGAAUGAGAGAGAAGUUGAAGUUAAUGCAAGAGAAUAG